UCCAAAAAGGUCCACUUUGUUUACCAUAGGGGGGCGAAAAAUAAUCUCAAAUCUAUCCUACAAGAUCCUGAAACAAUGUCAGAGGACGAGGAAGUUUUACUCUUUAACAAUGAUUUAUCAAGACAUAUUAUUUCAGAAGGAUAUAAUGAAUUUGAAACGUACUAUCAGCCUCAAGUAUGCUCUCAAUUCCAAUUUGCGAAAUCUUCAAUAGAAGUACCGGUAGGCCUAGGCCUAAACAAACUUUGCUGUGAAACUAAACAUCACAACUUAAUAUCAUCUCAUGAUAAGUUUAAACUGUCUAGUCUGCUCAGUAGUAAAUUAUUGCUUCCUGAAGAUUUUGAACUCGUAGAAUUUUUCAUAUCUAGAACUUCUACCUCUAACCAUCGAUCAGAACACAAAUGGAUGUAUAGUAGCGGUAUUAUUGUAGCUACUUUAUCCAUGGCAUUGUAUUUUAAGAAACAGAUAAGUUUCCAGGUACCUGCAGCUCUAAUGUCAACCCUUUCAGUAAUUGGUUUGUACCACUGUUAUGAUUAUCUUUGCAGAUCGUUUGAAAAUAGAUCAUUUGUUUCUGCUAUUAGAUCUUUUCAAAGCCUAUGUUUGAAUGUCAAUAAACUAUUUCGAAUGCUGAAAGAAACUGAAAUACUCUCGACAGGUCAGGUUACUUCUCAAAAUGUUGGUGCCACUUUGUUUAUCCCAAUCAAAAGUCUUCAUGAUAAGCCACAAAUGUUACCAACAUGGAAAACAUUACCUCACCUUCGAAAGUCUUUAGCUAGUGCCUUGAUUGAUGCAAUUGAUCUGAUUAGAUCAACAUGCGAUGAGGCGAGAAAAUGUGUUCCAGAUUGGUUGUUCAUUGAUGGCUAUACAUUGUCUAAUGAUAGUUUUCUGCCAGACCAUCUCACUGCUGAAAACUUGAACAAAACUGAUUACACUAUAUCAUUAAAAGAUCUUCAGUUACUGAAUGACUCAUAUUUGAUACUUCAGUCAGAGUUUUUCCGAUGGGUUGGUAUUUGCAUCUGUCCCAGUGCUUGGAAUCCAUUUGGCUCUAGUUACAAUUUCAGUCGUAGUAAAAUUCUGAGAUUGUUCUUCAAUGCUCACUCGAAAUUGAGAGGAUUAUCUUUCAAAUUGAAGUUCUAUUAUAGCAUUGAAAAUAUAUUUAGUGAUGGGGAGCUGUAUAAUAAAAAUUUUAAGAGAACAGACAGCUCAGAAAUAAGCUCUAUUCAAUCUGAAUUGCAUAAUUUGUACUUACUAAUCUUAUCCAUGUUGAUCCAUCUGAGGAAUUUAGAAGACAACUUAGAAAAUUAUUCUAUCGACAGUAAGGCCGAAUCUAGUAAGAUUAAUCUGUGUAAUAUAAAAGAUAAACUUGAUGAAGAAAUAAAAAACGUCAGAUGUGAACUUACAUCUGCUAUGAAUGUGUUCAAUGCAACCAGUCUUCAUUCUUUCUCCAACAAACAUUCGAGCUCUUCUCAUUUAGACAAACUAGAUGAUGUAGGCCUAAUUGAUGAAUGUAAAACUACAAAGUACUCCCAAGUGUUUCCAGAAGAAAAUUUCAGCCAUCUAGACUUAAACACAAAUUCUUUGGAUGAAGUAUUUUUAGCUGUUAGUGAUAUAAUUCCUGAUAAACAAGGCAAUCAAGAUGAUCUGCAUAUAGAAGAAAACCCUGUUAUUCCAAAUAGUUUGUUGGCAGAACUUUCAACUACUCUAAAACCGAUAAAAGAUACUUUUAAGGAGAGAGAAAAAGCAGCUUUAGAAAGAGCUGGUUUAGAAGACUUAAAUAGUGGAUCAGACAGCGACACUGAUGGUAUAAAACAUUUAGAUACUUCGAUUGUAAGCAGUUUAAGGCCUACCAUAAGAAAAAGAAAGCUCAGUAAACAAAGAAAACAUCGAUACAAUAAUAAAAGUCAUGAUGGAAAUACAGACAGUGAUUUUAAAAUUUCUACAAAUGAACUAGUAAACCCUCAUUCCAAUCCAGAAUCAAAAUCAACCCAAAGUUCAUCCACUUGUCAAGAAACUUCAAGCGCGAGUUUUUCUGCUCUUGGUGAUAGAUCUAUUGCUAACAUGAUAGCAAUGAAAUCUCAAACUUGGGGACUGCCUGAAGAGGAAUGUUUUUCAUAUGAAUGA